CACAGGUAAUAAAGCAAGAAAGUAAUCACUUGCAUUAAAAUAAUUAUCAACUAUACGAGCCACAAGUGCCAUGUGUUUUAUAGUGCUUUUAUCUGUACUCUCAUCAGCCAUUAAGAAAAAAUAAUUACUUUUCAGUAUGUUAAUCAGAUUAUCUUUUUCAGUAUCACCAAUAAUAUUUUGGACAAACCGCGUGAAGUCCCCGUUCCGUAGAACAUUAUGUAAGACGGACUGGGCUCCGACACAUUCCAUAGCCCACCCCUAGUCCGGCUUCUUGACGAGGACUUCACUCUCAGUGUGGAGCCACCUUGUUGGUUAGAGGGGCACAGGUCCAGUCCCCAGCUGACUAGCCGUUUCGACGCGUUCCUCGCCCGCGCCCAAACGUUGGGUAUGACGAAACCGCGAGUCUCCCUGAACACGCCUUCACAUUCACCAGAGGAAGUAGGUGAUUUCUGUCUUGGUUAGCUGGCGGCCGAUCUUCCUUCUGGUCGACACGGUGACGUGCUCAAUAGCUUUGGUGGAGACUCGCAGAUCGGGCGAGUUCAGCAGUUUAAAUGCUCAGUCUAUGUCGUCGUCCUCGGCCUGAUGCCGCACCUCCUUUUCUGGACACCCCGUAUAUGUAUUCAUUGGAUGCCUCCUGGGUCACAUAAGGUGUCGCCUUUAGUUCUGGCCUCAGAAUAUGGUCCACCUUUGCCCAGUCUGUUUUUGGGAAUGAUUCGACGCACAUUAGAUGGAUUUUUCCUGGAAAAAGAACGUUUUUAGCGCGUCGAUUCGUUACCACAGAGCAUGCUCCUUGCUAUUUUAAAGCCAAUGUUUAUAGUUUCGGCCAAGGUAGACAUCGGUGGCACAAUGUCAAACCCGACCUGUGCGCCUAGGAAGGUGGCGGCCUCGCCUUCCGCCAGUGGGUGGAGGGUUCUGUUGUCCAGUUAAAACUCCGUGUUCCUAACGUCCACUGGCCGCCUUUCCGAUUGAUGGAGCGUCGCACAUUUGACCGGAUUCAGCCCCAGCGCUUCCCGCGCUGCAGUUCGUCUGGACCGUCUUGAAUGAGGCAGAGGUCAUCUGCGAUGGUCCACGCUGUCACCUUGGAGACGGCUGACGACGGGAUCGAUGGCCAUGAUGAAAAGGAGUCCACUGGUAGGACAUCCCUGUUUGUUACCUAACUCGAUUUGGAUGUCCCUCGUUCGACUGCCCGCGGUGCUCACCAAAAAAAUGGCCCCAGAGUAGAUGUCGCGGACGACGUCGAGAAGAACAUUGUCCACACGGGAGGAAUCCUUUUUGGCAGGGGCUCAGCACAUCGUUCGUCGUCAGCCAUCUCGUGAGCCUCCUCGCCACACAGCUGAUGUACACCGUCCUACAGAUGGAGAUUGGCCUCCAGUACGAGAGGUCAUAGAGCUCACUUUUUUUGUAAAUGAGUACGGACGCUGCACUCCGGGUCCAGUUUCCUCCAGUGUCAGAACUUCGUGUCCGGGCGCCGUGUUCUCAAACUGCCGGAGACGUUUGGCCACGUCUCCGCUGGAAAAUGGGCCCAUGGAAACGGGCUCACGGCCAGUCACUCGGGGGAAUAUGGCGGGUUCACAGGUGGAUGGUGCCAGACUCGUCAGAAAUUGUCCUCGGCGGUUUAUACGGGCACCUCACAUCGCACGUCUUGGCCCUGAACUAUCAGCCUGACUGCGCGGCGUCUGUUACGUCUGUAAUGCUUCUGGAUACCCUGUGCAAAGUUGGGAUCCAAGAAUUUAUAGCUGCUGGACAGUCUAUCCUCGGUACCGGGAGUUUGACGAUCACGGCAGCUGCCGCGGUCAGUUUGUCAACGAGUCCAACGAACGUUUCCCUAUUGGCUUCCGUGGCUGGCGCACUGGAGGAUCGCGUGUAGUGCUUUAUGUGGUGAGACUUGAGGAUGUCGUCGUCGGGGCUGAUCGUCCCAAGGGCCUUUACGCCAUGGUCCGCGAAUCCGUCGCUUCCCACGCUGCCGGAUAACGAGCUGGCCGGCGUCUCACACGGCGACCGAGUCGGCGAACCACCUGUGUCCGGUGGUCUGGUACCUACCGGUAUUCUUGGUUCGCCGGACGUAGGUACCUGCCCCGGUGUCUGUACUUCAGGCUGUCCGACGGUGGUGAUCGAUGGGCGGGUUGUACCGCCAUAGGUCCAGGCUCGCGUGCAUCAUGCCGUACGGCUCGCUUUGCGGAGCCUCCCGUCUCGAUGUUAGUGAAACGGGGGAGCUCCUUGUGAGUGACAGCCUUCCUGACAUUGGUCGUAGCGGGUUGGGCCUUUCCUGUCCUGCGGGGGGCCGCCUUUGACUGUGGUCUGUUACCUAUCAGUGUCCUUGGCAUCGCCUCAUCGUCGUCGUCUUCAAGUAAAAAGGCUCUUCUCGGUGGUUGUCGGGACAUUCCCGGUACCUAGCUGAUUCCGGUGUGUUGGUUCGGACUCACCUGUGGCGGAGCGUUUGCCGUGGAAAAAGAUCUUUUAAAAAACGCCGUAUGGUUACUAUGUAUUACAUCACGUCGGUUUUAAGUCCAUUUACGACUAUUUUGCAUUCGACGCGCCCGACAAGCAGGGAGCCUCAGCUCGAAACCUCGAACUGCCGGGCGGGAACGUUUAGAGUCCGAUCGGGACAGCACCGGGCUCUCGGGAGCGGGGAUCGACCAAGAACGAGUGACUAACUCAGUAGUUUGAUUUUGGCCAGGCGUCGGCGAAGGACCUCAAGGUAAGAAUACCCGCGGUAUGGCCGGACUCGGGGUGCGUGGGAGUGGUGAUGGGUCGGGCCUAGUCUGUCAUUCGACCACCUGGUGUCCUCACGGAUUCCGACUGGUGGUAUUUCACCUAGACCUGAUACAGAGAAGGGCCUAGUCAAGACGACACCAUAUACAAUACACGAGGUAACAUAUAGAACAGAUAUAAUCACACCAAAUUAAUUCACAACGAGAUUGCUGUCCCGGAACCUAUUUAACGAGAGUCAAGAAUCAAAAAGACCGUAGAUAAACUGAUAAGAACAGAGUUUAUUAUACAUUUUUAUGGCUGAUUAACACUCAUGGGGAUACAUUAUUUUUAGAGGGGGCACAUAAUUGUGGGCUUAAUAAUAGUA